CAGUAGAGGGCCACCUCAACACUACUACCGCUCUACCACUGAUGACAUCUUUGGCUCUGCUGUGCCAGAGCAACUAAGGAGGACUGAUGCUUCGCUUUAACAAAACAGCGGUUCUGGCCCUCCUCAUCGCUACCAGCUCUGUUUUCCUCCUCUUCCAGCUCUAUCACUACAGACAGCAUGUCUCUCAGAAUGGACCACAUAUGUUUGGAAGGACAGUUCACCUGUCAGGAAAGGACACUCAGUGGCAGGUGGUGAAGAAGUUCAUGGGUCUGGUCCAUAAGUACAACAUGCCAGUGUUCCUGGUGGACACGGCCUCCCUCGGCCUCCUGUCUCAGGACUCUAUGCUGCUGAGAGACAGCCUGGUUAAAGAACCCCACUGUGCUUUCCUCUGCACUAACAGAGACGUCCUCACCUUCGCUCUGCUCAACAACCUUUGGAAAUACGACGCUGGUUUGGUGGCAGCAGCUGAAGAGAAGGGCUUUGAACUGUUGGAGGUGCGAGGGAAAGACCCUCGAUUGGUCAGCAUGGACGACCUAUCAGGAAACGAGAUACCCCUCCACUUCCUGUUCCGUCUCCAAGGUUACGUGGUCCAUGUGGUGGUCCUGUACGAGCGCAGCGGGAACUACCUGUGGCAUGGCGUCCUGCGACUCAAACCAAACAUGGACAGGAAGUUCGCCCCCUUCAGAAGGCUGGACUAUGGCCGUGACGCUGGAGCCUAUGACAGGCCAGAGCUGGUACUGACCACGGUGGACGGGCUGGAUGUCCGGCUCCCCAGGAACAUCUCUGGAUUCCUGACUGAAUAUUCCCAGGCUCGUUUUCUGGAGUGUAGAUACAGGGAUGCACGCUCCUUCUUCCAGCUGUACCCUGAUGACACGUCUCCUGAGGCAAUGAACUUCAGGAUGAAGGCGAAGGCUCUGCUCCACCUCGCUGCCAGGAUCCUCACUGAGCUCCGAGUCCCCUUCUGGCUAAGUAGUGGUACCUGCCUGGGUUGGUUUCGGCAGUGUGGCAUCAUUCCCUACAGUAAAGAUGUGGACCUGGGCAUCUGGAUUAAAGACUACAGACAUGAUAUCUCUCAAGCUUUUCACAAGGCUGGCCUUCCGUUGAAACACAAGUUCGGAAAGGUGGAGGAUAGCCUGGAACUGUCCUUCCAAGGCCUGGAUGUUAAACUGGACAUUUUCUUCUUCUAUGAGGAAACUGACGUUGUGUGGAACGGAGGAACCCAAGCUAAGAGUGGGAAGAAAUUCAAGUAUGUGUUCCCCAAGUUUACUCUCUGCUGGACUGAGCUGAUGGACCUGAAGGUUCGUGUCCCCUGUGAGACGGUAGACUAUGUAUCGGCUAACUAUGGGCCUACCUGGAACACACCUGUAAAGACCUGGGACUGGAAGAGCUCUCCGCCCAACGUGCAGGACAACGGGGUGUGGCCUGUCAGGGAGUGGGAUGAGGUCAUCCAGGUGUACUGACAUACUGCUACACUACAUAUGAGUAGACUACAUUGGACUUAAACCACACGGAAGAAAAUGGACUGAAACAGGGAGGGACUGUCGAUCUGGACUGUCGAUCUGGACUGUCGAUCUGGACUGUCGAUCUGGACCGUCUAUCUGGACCGUCGAUCUGGACCGUCGAUCUGGACCGGUCGAUCUGGACGGUCGAUCUGGACUGGUCGAUCUGGACCGUCGAUCUGGACCGUCGAUCUGGACCGUCGAUCUGGACUGUCGUUCUGGACCGUCGAUCCUGUUUUUGUACAUUUUUCUACGGUGUGCACUAUGCGACCCUGAGUACACUCUUCCGAAGUACACUACACCUGAAAACCCCACACCAAAGUAGCAACUCUAAAGACUACUACUAAGGGUAUGAGUCUGAGCUGCUGGCUUACCAUUGGCUGGUGGCUUACCAUUGGCUGGUGGCUUACCAUUGGCUGGUUGGUUGUGAACUGCAGACCACCAAUACUGGACUCUCUCCCUCCUUUGGACUGAAGCAACUGUCUAUUGAUCUGUAAUGUGUGUUCCUUGUUUGAAAUACUGUAUUACGUUGACAAAAAGAUGUCAUAGACAUUUUAAUAGCUACUGACAUUACUUACUACUGACAUGUUGGGUAGGCCCAGGGUAAGGCCAUAUUACGGCCAUGCUUACUUGAUAUCGGGUUAUUACGGCCUUGGCUACUUGAUAUCGGGUUAUUACGGCCUUGGCUACUUGAUAUCGGGUUAUUACGGCCUUGGCUACUUGAUAUCGGGUUAUUACGGCCUUGGUUACUUGAUAUCGGGUUAUUACGGCCUUGGUUACUUGAUAUCGGGUUAUUACGGCCUUGGUUACUUGAUAUCGGGUUAUUACGGCCUUGGUUACUUGAUAUGGGGUUAUUACGGCCUUGGUUACUUGAUAUGGGGUUAUUACGGCCUUGGUUACUUGAUAUGGGGUUAUUACGGCCUUGGUUACUUGAUAUCGGGUUAUUAUGGCCUUGGUUACUUGGUGGCAGGGUAGCCUAGUGGUUAGAGCGUUGGACUAGAAACAGGAAGGUUGCAAGUUCAAACCCCCGAGCUGACAAGGUACAAAUCUGUUGUUCUGCCCCUGAACAGGCAGUUAUCCCACUGUUCCUAGGCCGUCAUUGAAAAUAAGAAUUUGUUCUUAACUGACUUGCCUGGUUAAAUAAAGGUUCAAUAAAUAUGGGGUUAUUAUGGCCUUGGUUACUUGAUAUCGGGUUAUUACGGCCUUGGCUACUUGAUAUCGGGUUAUUACGGCCUUGGUUACUUGAUAUUGGGUUAUUACGGCCUUGGCUACUUGAUAUCGGGUUAUUACGGCCUUGGUUACUUGAUAUUGGGUUAUUACGGCCUUGGCUACUUGAUAUCGGGUUAUUACGGCCUUGGUUACUUGAUAUUGGGUUAUUACGGCCUUGGCUACUUGAUAUCGGGUUAUUAUGGCCUUGGUUACUUGAUAUUGGGUUAUUACGGCCUUGGCUACUUGAUAUCGAAGUAUUACGGCCUUGGUUACUUGAUAUGGGGUUAUUACGGCCUUGGCUACUUGAUAUGGGGUUAUUACGGCCUUGGUUACUUGAUAUGGGGUUAUUACGGCCUUGGCUACUUGAUAUGGGGUUAUUACGGCCUUGGCUACUUGAUAUGGGGUUAUUACGGCCUUGGCUACUUGAUAUCGGGUUAUUAUGGCCUUGGUUACUUGAUAUCGGGUUAUUAUGGCCUUGGUUACUUGAUAUUGGGUUAUUAUGGCCUUGGUUACUUGAAGUGCUAGGUGGUGGUGAUGACCACGGACUGAACUUGAUUAUUGUGUGUGUCCCAAAUUUGUACCAUUUUUCCUACGUAGUGCACUAUAUUGGGAGUGGACAUUAUGUUCAUAUUUGAUAUAUUUUAUGCCUCUUGUGUUUCAGGAAUCAUUGAUUUGCCGACAAAUCGUAUCUUACUUUCCUUUGUAUUGAGUUUUGUCAUCGUUGUUGAAGGGAACUAUGAUCACGCUAGCCUGAGUUCUAGCCUGAGUUCUAGCCUGAGUUCUAGCCUGAGUUCUAGCCUGAGUUCUAG